AAUCUUGAUCCCUUGCUGCCAAUGUGUUAUGCUAGCUUUCGUUGCAUUCUUUUAGCUUAGCCGAGUUAAAUCCUUCUCGAUAAACACGGGCAUGUUGAGUAUUUGUUGUUGAGGUAAUUAUGUUGUAAAUAUUUCUAACGAGCUAUGUUUCAAGAUGGUUGUAUUUUUUCGCGUUGUUUGUAAUUAAAGCGUUUCCGGGCUCGCGGAUAAGAAGAAACGGGUGCAGUGUUAAACCUGAACGUGUCAUAUGUGUCACCUGGAGGGCUGCGAUAAUGGCAGAUGACAAAGAUGUACUUCGAGAUGUGUGGUUCGGCCGGAUACCGGCGUGCUUCAUGCUUUAUCCAGAUGAAGUUACAGAGAGAGAAGCAGAACCGUUUUAUCUUCUCCUUCCGAGGGUCAGUUAUCUGACGCUAGUGACCGACAAGGUCAAGAAGCACUUUCUGAAAGUCGUAAAAGCCGAAGAAGUAGAGGAAAUGUGGUUUGAAUAUGAAGGCACACCUCUGAAAUGGCACUAUCCAAUCGGAGUGUUGUUCGAUCUCCAUGCUUCAAAUACGGCUCUCCCCUGGAGUAUCACUGUGCACUUUAAGCAUUUUCCGGAUCGUGACUUGCUCCGCUGCCCCUCGAGUGCAGUGAUCGAAGCCCAUUUUAUGUCCACCAUUAAAGAAGCAGACGCAUUUAAGCACAAGGGUCAGGUCAUCAACGACAUGCAGAAAAAAGAUCACAAGCAGCUGUGGAUGGGCCUGCAGAACGAUAAAUUUGACCAGUUCUGGGCCAUGAACCGCAAACUGAUGGAAUAUCCACCUGAAGAAUGCGGCUUUCGCUAUAUUCCUUUCAGGAUAUACCAGACGCUGAGCGACAGGCCGUUCAUCCAGAAGCUGUUCCGGGCUGUUUCUUCCGAAGGCCACGCUCUCACCCUGGGAGAUCUGCUCAAAGAGAUGUUCCCUGCUGCCGUAUGCCAGGAUGAUGAGCCAAAGAAAUACCAAGUGGUGAUUCACGGCAUUGAGCCGCUGUUCGAGACGCCCAUCCAGUGGCUCAGUGAGCACUUGAGCCAUCCAGACAACUUCCUCCACAUCUGCAUCAUUCCAGCGUCAAGCGACUGAACCCCGAACUGCCCAGGUGGCCCGAGAACAACUCUGCUGCUCCUGCCAUCCAUGAGGGACCUUCCAGAAGAGUGUAUCCACUUUUUUUUUCCUCACACUUCCUGCAUUAACAUUUUGCCUACCUGGCCUGCCAUGCCGACUACUACGAAAUUUGGCGGAAUGGAAAUAUGGUACUUUUCUUAUGCAUGCCAUAGGGAUGUAAAUGGCAUCUUUUACCAUCUCACGUAUUACCUUGGUAUUUUUAUGUAACAAAUUGGCUUACUAGUGACUACAAUGCUGCCAUUGUCUCUUCAGAUAUGUUCUCCACACUAAGUUUAGUAAGCUGAUUAAUCUUUUUACAUCCCUGGUAUGCAUCUCUCUCUCUCUCUCUCUCUCUCUCUCUCUCUCUCUGAUGAGUUCUUUCUUUACAUGUUGCCUUAGACCUCGUUCAUCUACACACCACCAUAAUGAGUUGACCCGUUCCUAAUUUUGUCCUGGUUCUGCUGAGUGACGGGUGUCCCUGGGUCAGAAAGGCCCGAGCUUAAGUUUUGAUCAGCCAUUCACCACUAGCUUUUUUCAUUCCGUCAGCUUAAUACGGUUCUCUAAAUAAAAUGACGAUUAAACCGAGCACUACACUAAUUUUAAUUUGAAUUUCUAACAUUUAUAAAAGCAGAGGCGGCACGGUGGUGUAGUGGUUAGCGCUGUCGCCUCACAGCAAGAAGGUCCGGGUUCAAGCCCCGGGGCCGGCGAGGGCCUUUCUGUGCGGAGUUUGCAUGUUCUCCCCGUGUCCGCGUGGGUUUCCUCCGGGUGCUCCGGUUUCCCCCAC